UCUCCUCAUUAGCCCCAUGAUGUGAUCUUCAUUUUUGUCCUCUCAAUAGCUCUUUCUUCCCUUUCCUUACCAACCCAAUCAAGCUACUCUUCCUUAAAAUCAUUCAUGUUGCAGACGAAGUACUCUUAAUCGAUGUCUAAUAACAAAGGAAAACAUGUUGCAGAAGGAUCGUCUUCAAGAUCCACUACUGCUGAUCACCAUCAUCAACUAACUAACGCUGAAGCUCCACCUCCGCUCAGCCGCUAUGAGUCUCAAAAGCGGCGGGAUUGGAACACGUUCGGGCAGUACUUGAGGAACCAGCGCCCUCCAGUGGCGCUUUCCCAGUGCAGUUCAAAUAACGUGCUUGAUUUUCUCAGGUAUCUCGAUCAAUUCGGGAAGACUAAAGUGCACUUACAGGGAUGUGUGUUUUUUGGUCAGCCUGAGCCUCCAGCGGCUUGUUCUUGUCCCCUUAGGCAAGCUUGGGGGAGCCUUGAUGCACUCAUCGGCCGUCUUCGAGCGGCGUACGAAGAGAACGGGGGAUUGCCGGAGACGAACCCUUUUGCCAGUGGAGGUAUUCGGCUUUAUUUGCGUGAAGUGAGGGACUCUCAAGCUAAGGCUAGAGGGAUUCCAUAUAAGAAGAAAAAGAAGAGGGCCAUGGCAACGACAAUGAAGCCAACAGAUGACACUUCAAAUUUUCCUACGCAAUAAACUUCGGUUCCUAUUGCUUUUUUUAUAGGGAAAUGGCCUUUUCAGGAGUUCCAAGUCUUGAUUCAGCUAUCAUGUUCUGGAGCUCAAUGGGUGAAGUUCUUGAGCUUCUUUAGUAGUUGAAACAAACUUUUAAAUUAUCAGAAUUAAAGCAUUAAUAAAGUAUAGAAUGAGAUGACGGCAACAGUACACGAAUUAAGCUGAAGUAAGUUUCUUUCCUUUUUCCUCCUAUGGUUCUUCCCUUUGAUCUUCUCAAAGAUAUUAUGUAUGAAACAUAUAAUAUACAGUCAAGUUUGUUGCCACAAACAAUCUCCAAAUAUAUGUAAAUUUUGUGCUGCUUUUAUUGUUGUCG